UUUGUUGAUGUGAAACCAUAACUGCUCUAUUAAUAAGACGUUUCUGUUGCAUUUCGGCUCGGUCAACACAACAUGGCGUUCGUAUCGCGAGCAACUCGCUCACCCGCUACGUGGAGUAAACUCCAUGUUAUUGAUUGAGGGGAGGCGUGGAUUGCGGGAAUUCGUGCGUCAUUAGACCGCCUUUCAGGGAUGUGUGCCGUAAAGUCAACGGAUCCGACGGAAAACUAUACGGAUGUGUCCAAUUAUGUAUUUGAAACUAACGGUUUCUACGUGUCAUCAUUCUGCACUGCUUCUUUGAAGUGGCCGCCGUUUGGCCUCCCAACGUUAAGAAAGAGUCUGUCCACGUGUAAUGAGACAUCGGUGAAACAUGAGGAGGGAAAUUGCAGCUGUGGUGUUCUUCCUGAAGAGGCUCUUGAAAACGGGAGCUCAGCUGGAGUCUCACCAAGUCGAGCUCUUUGUUGAGAGGCUGGCUGUGGCACUGCAGGAGAAGUUCAAGGGGCACUGGUACCCGGCAAACCCCAGCAAAGGACAUGCAUACAGGUGCAUCCGGAUCAACAGGCUCCACAGGCAGGAGCCAGAGUUCCUGCGGGCCUGCCGGGAGAGUCGGCUUCAGUACAGUGACCUGGGACUGCCCAGUGAACUCACAUUGUGGGUGGACCCCGGAGAGGUCUGCUGCAGGUAUGCGGAACAAAACCCUUUCUUCUCAGUGGCCACUUUCCCUAGUGAUGAGGAAGAGGACAAAGAGGUUGCAAAGAAGGUGACCAGCGCUUUGGAGAGGGUGACAUCAGACUAUCACUCAGGUUCAUCUUCCGACGAGGAGAGCACACGCACUUCCCCCCUUACGUUUGACUACAGCCGCUGUUCUUACCAGGGAAUAAACCCAAAUGCUCCUCCCUGGCAUCCGAAAAAAACGGUAACUGGCAAAAGUGUGAUCCUUCCUCCCCAUGGUUUCACGCCUUGCAGCAGAGCCCCACACACACACACUUCAAGGCAGAAACUGUGGGUUCCCCCAAGCUACAGAACAGGACCUGGUUACUGCGACACACACCUGGCACACCCUUACAUGUAGGAAUAAUGGUGCAUAUUGUUCAAACUGGACAACAAAUCUGAAGGUGACGCGACCUUAAGACGACUGUCACUUUUUUUUAAAAACAGGAAUUUUAUAGUGUAAAUGUUGAUUGUUUCGACUUUUUUUUGCACUUUAGACCAUUUUGUUAAAGUUUGAAUAAAUCACUUGUAUUCAAUUGGAUAUUGAAAUGAGAAUACUACACAUGUUAUCUUGAAGUACUCUAUUUUUACGAAGGGAGACUUUCAUGUAUGCCACUUACUGCGGUCCUUUGUAAUAAAAUGUAUUUAUUCAUAGUGUAGAAUUCUCAGAUGUAUAGGCCUAAAUUUAUGAUGUUUUAUUAAACACACGUUCCAAGCAUGA